CCUGAAAUUGGACAGCAAAAGACGGAACACACAGCCAGCGAAGACGUCGUCGAUUUAAGUCUCAUAACCAACUGCAAUGGACAAAUGCUGGUUCGUUCUGCGUCAAACGCAUUAUCUGGCGCCAGAAUACUCAAACAUGGCGCGAGGGGAGGCUACUGGCAACCUUCUCCUCGGCCAUGUCAUUCCGAGUCUCAAAGCGCUCGACCAGGUCAUCAACUCCGACGGCCCGCUUCCGUUUCCCAAGGACAUGAGGAUCGAGCAGUCGACGAUGUAUGAUAUCCAGUGGUCCACGUCCAAGGAAUCCGGCAUCGAGGCCAGUGCGAAGGCAGACGUCCCCGUCGCGGCAGCAGCUGGUCUCUCGGUCCGAGGAGACGUGGCGCUUGAGUUCCAGAGAGGCGCUGGCGAUUCAUGGCAGUUCGACCAAGUGGACACGCAGACCAUCAGGCCGACCAAGAACUACAUCCGACAGUGCCUCAAGACGCCACUGGUCGCGGCGCACAUCGAGAGAGUCAAGUUUCUGGACAAGUGGAAGCUGUUGAUGGUCUCCGGCAUCAUGAUUGCCAAGGGCGCCAGGACCGAACGAAGCGAGUCGAAGGGAAGAGUGGCUCACUUCAAGCCUGGGAUGAACAUGGCCGAAGUUGUCAGUGCCGAAAUUAGCGCUGGAGUCUCUCGAACAACCCAGUCGAGUCUCUCCGCGCAACACGAGAACGAUUUCAUCUGGGCAGUUCGUCUCACGGAGCUGUCAAAGAGCCCCUUUCGGUCGGAUGUCUCUGAAAGGGUCUUGACGAAAGGAGCAACUCUGGGGCUGGAUGACGACUUGCCAGAUAUCGAUUCCAUCGCUGAUGCGGCGGGCGUGCUUGAUUAUCAUCAAAUCGAACAUGAGACAGCUGACGAAGGUCAGAAGAUUUAUUUCAUCUUUCCAACUGACGAGAAUGCGACUUAAACCAAAGGGCAUUCGAUGACUGUCGGUUCCUCAGACACUGUUUCAUAGUAAAAUCAGGAAUGGGUUGUUAUCCAAAGAUGCUAGAAUUUCUCCAGGUAGUGCGCAAUUCUAUUCAUCACGCUCACCCUUGCCUGUUGGAUCUCUUCCUCCGAUGGAUCGUCCGAUUGCCAACGUAGAUUCUCUGGGAGAAGCUUCCACGGGGCAAUACAAUGGUACUCCUCGUCCUUCUCCGAGAUCCCGCACAAGACUUUCGCCAUCCCCGCCUUUUCUUUCAGAUCAUUGCAAAGAUUACCAUAUAUACCCCCGGCAACGGGAUUUUGUUUGGCAAAAUCGAGCAAGCGAGCUGCCAAGCCGCAAGCGAUCGCGGUUGAGUACGACGUACCCUUCUGCGUCUCGCCUGUGAAGACUUUGAUGUCCUCUCCAAGGAUCGCAAAG